AGAACCAAAUCGAGCCACAUUCAUCUCUCUCUAUCUUUCCCAAAGCGCCUCUCUUUCCACCCACCCGCUACCACGCGAAGCAAUGUCUCUGAAGGACGUGUGCAAGAAGUCGGCGGACCUCGAGUCCAAGCUGAGCGGCAAGCUCUUCCUCGGCGGCGCGAAACCGUCCGCUGAGGACGUGAAGGCGUUCAACGACCUGCUGGGCGCCGGCCACACGAACCUGUACCGGUGGGCGAAGAACAUGGCGACGUACUCGGAGGGUGAGCGCAAGGCGUGGGGUGCGCCGGUGAAGGUGACGGCCCCCGAGCUGCGCAUGCCCGCUGCCGCCGCACCCGCCGCUGAGGAGAAGAAGGCGGAGAAGAAGGCGACUCCCGCGCCCGCGCCGAAGGCUGCCGCCCCUGCCGCCCCUGCUGCCGCGGAGGAGGACGACGACAUCGACCUGUUCGGUGAGACGACGGAGGAGGAGGCGGCGGCGCUGGAGGCGAAGAAGAAGGCGGACGCGGAGAAGAAGAAGGCGAAGAAGGACGUGAUUGCGAAGUCGUCGAUUCUGUUCGACGUGAAGGCGUGGGACGACACGGUGGACCUGGAGGCGCUGGCGCAGAAGCUGCACGCGAUCCAGCGCGACGGUCUGAUCUGGGGCGACUACAAGCUUGUGCCGGUCGCGUUCGGCGUGAAGAAGCUGCAGCAGCUGAUCGUGAUCGAGGACGACAAGGUGUCCGGCGACGACCUGGAGGACAUGAUCACCGGCUUCACGGAUGAGGUGCAGUCCAUGGACAUCGUCGCGUGGAACAAGAUCUAA